AUGGUGGCGGGCGUCAUCUCCGAGCUGGACCAGACUUCGACGCUGCUGUCAGAUCGGCGGGUGCCGUGGCCGCCGCUGAACGACUCGUGGCUGUCCGAGGAGGUGCAAGCUGCGCGGCGGCUGACUACCACCUUCGAUGCCUCGUGGGCGCUGUCCGACGCAGUCUUCGGCAUCUGGCCCAGGGCCGUCGCCAAGGUGGUCGGCGUCGACAUCAUGCAGGUGAGCAUCGAGGGCAUCCGCGACGUCGAGGCGGCUGCGCGGCGUCUGCGAAGUCGGGGCGGCGGCGCCAGCGAGGCCUCCUUGGUGGACGGUGUGGGCCGGCGUCUCACUAGCUCAUUCAGUGCGGCCAUUACCGUGGACGCCGCAGUGGCCAUCUACCCAGUGGACGACGUCGAGCUGAUCAAGGCGAGGGCGAUAUUGCUGGCGAGCGAAGUGUCGGCCGAGUUCAACAUCUUCCUGACGGAGGUGUCGGAGCAGCUGGCGAAAGUUGGGAUCGACGCCGAGCCGUUCGUCAGGAACCUGGUGCUUGCUAGCAGCACGCCGGUGGAGCUAGCUAACAUCCCGAUCCUUCAGGCCAACUGGGCCGUCGUCUCAGAGUGGACAAUGUGCUCAAACUUAUGCGGCUGGGGCGUGAGGUUCCGAACGGUCGAGUGCAAUAUCAACGAGUACUUGUGCAAUGCUAAUAAGCCUGCCACCUUCCUUGACCACGUGAGGGUCCUAGAGGGAGAGCUGACUUAUCCUCUAAACGACUCGUUCAACGAUUGGGAAGAAGGCUACGUGAUGCCGGGGCAAAAAAUAUACUUGCCGACCGUGGCCGAGUGUCAGUGGUACAGCGAGUGUGAUUUUAUGAUCAUGUGCCCGUUUGGACCUGACCUGGAGAAUGGUUUUGAAGCGUGCGAAGCGCAGUUCACCUUGGCAUCCGCUUCCUACGGUGGCUUCGCGGGUGCCGUCGUGCUGUUCUGGUGCGUAUACUGCUGCAGGAAGUGCAGGACUCCCACAGGCGGCAGGCACAGGCUGUACGUCGCCAAGGGCCUCAGAAGGAGAAAGCAGAAGCUGGACGUGCAGUGGAAGCGGGUGAAAAAAGGGCGAGGCGUGGUUCGGGAAGUGGCCAAGUGUGAGCCAGGCAAAUCUAAGAGGAGCAAGGUGCGCAUCGUGUGGGAUGUGGACGUGCACCGCGUUCAGCAGUACAUGUCGAAACGACGGGACAGCAAGGCGGAGUCCGAGGCGGGUUCCGAAUCUGAGACGUCCCUGGCUUCGCACAUCUUGGCGGAGCGGAUUUACUUAAGCGGUGAGGACGGCAGCUUCUUCGUGCACUGCAGGCUCCGGACAGGGAACCCAGAGGGGUUCAUUUUCGGCAAAGCCUUCCCAGCUGCUGACCCAGGGGAUGACCCCAUGUGCACCGCCAAGGUGCUCAUCAUGAGGGAGGGGCUGCUGGUCUUCCAGAUGGGGGCGGAGGAGCUCGUUGGCGUGACGAGGCUCAACGACGUGUCAUGGCACGAGGUGGGCCUCAUGUACAUCCAGGAGCACAAUGUGUAUGCGCUCGUGGUGGACGGUGAGGAGGAGGCGCGGGGACUUCAGGGCAUGGCGGACCACAGUGCUACGGCGUGGCUUAUCGGAAGGCCCGUGCAGCAGGACCUCGCCAUGGGAACGCUGAGGACGGAGCUCAGAAAUCUGGGCGUCUCGGUGGAUAUGCUAGAAACGGAGUAUCAGGAGCACCCUUUCUUCGAUGGCGACAUCGAUACGUUCAAAUGA